AUGCCCGAGGCGACCGACCAACCGACUGUCCGCCGACCCGAUGACCGCCCUUCCUGGUGGAUCUCCCCGAGAGAUAUCACCGACCGUUCCACCAGCCCCAUCGGCCAUGGCGGGUUUGGUCAAGUCUUCACUGGCACAUACUUUGGCUCCAAGGUCGCCAUCAAGCAGCUCUUCGCAACUCCAAAAGACCAUGAGCUUACCAGCUUCCACAGCGAAAUUGGGGUUUGGCAGAGUCUCAGUCAUCCCCAUAUCCUCCCCCUGCUUGGAGUCUGUGUUCCGGACGAUGCAGGCGAGGAGGUCGCUCCGCUCAUAGUUUCCCCCUUCAUGCCAAAUGGCACACUUUGUGACUAUGUUGCGAAGAACACUGUCGCUCUCGAGGAGAAGCUCCGGCUUCUAUACCAAGUUGCAUCUGCGCUGGAUUAUCUGCACACCAAAGAAAUCAUCCAUGGCGACCUUAGGGCGACAAACAUCCUUCUGGAUGGCUCCUUCCAGGCCGUCGUCACCGACUUUGGUCUGUCCAGAACCAGGCUUGCUUCAUCACUGAUGGACCCCAGCCGGUCCAACAGUGCCAUCGGAGCCACCGAUAGAUACAAAGCUCCCGAGAUGCUGGACACCACAACAUCCCUCACCACCAAGGCCGAUGUCUACGCAUUCGCCGUCACUAUGUACGAAGUCCUGAACAACGGCGUGCCAGUUUGGGUGUCUGAUCAAAACCUGGCGGUGCAAGCUCAAACGACCAAGAGCACGGUUUGCAACGCCCAAAGGCCCUACCGAUUGGAUGGUAUCCCCAACGAAAUCUGGUCAAUCAUCGAGUCGUGCUGGCAUCAGAAUCCUGCCAAGCGUCCG